AUGUCCACUCCAGAAAUAGCAGAGCCGAAUGGUGAAACGAGCCUAAAUGGCGGUUUGGGAGCUGCUUCCACCGCGUCAACCGUGGAAGCCAAUUUAGCAACCACCAUCAACACCGCCCAAAACAGCACCAAAAACAUGUCAGCAUCACCAGCAGAACCAAUCAACAAGAAAGCCGCUUACAAGCCAACGACGAUAACGUCUCUCGAUUGCAAGAUCCUCCAGUAUGAAUACGGCAUUUACAAGCUAGAACAUUUCUUGAAAGGGCUAAAGAAGCUAGAAUCCUCCUUGUCGUCAACACUGGAGUUGCCAUUGAUGCAGUACAUUGUGCUCUUGACGGGAAACACUUUUGCCAUCAAUGAAAAAGGCUUCGACCCCAAAUUGCUGCUGUUUUCAAAUUUCAAGCCUAUCCCCUUGGGAACGUUCAACAUCUCGGCAGCUACUUCUCAUAUUCCAUAUGACAUACCAGACUUGUCAGUGCUGCCACUAGACAAACUCCCCUCAUCUCAAAGCGCCAAUUUGUGCCUUAGACAGCUAGAAUCACUAACUCAAACGUGCUUAGAGGGUUAUCAAAAGAAAUUGGCUACCGCCAAAACUGAAAUGCGAAGAAUUCUCAUAAACUAUGACGAACCAAGCUAUUACCUUCAUAUACGAGAAAUGUUAGCACGGGACAUUUUCCAUCAAGACAUGGACUUGACGCUCAAUGAUUUGACAUUUCCACACCCAGAGAGCAAGGAAUUGCUCGAAAACCUGGACUAUGAAGAAGCGGCACUAGUCGACAUGGAUAUCAAAGAGUUGUUUGCCAUUUACAGUCAAUGCACGACGCUGUUGAAGCAUAUUAGCCAGACCAUAGAACAUAUGAAGAAAGCCAAACUCGAGGACGCGUAUGCUAUACACAAGACUUUUCUUCUCACCCAGCGACUCAAUGAGCUUUACACUAUAAUACGGAGAUUUGGCAGGAAAAUAUACUUGUCAAAUCACCAGCAUUUGGUUGAUUCUAGAUUUUUGCAUAUUCAUGGCAAUGCCGCAUUCUUUCGUGCCCAAGUGAUGAAAAACAUGGACGACUAUUUCAACUCGAUGAAGAAAAAUGGAACUUUAAUUGCCAACGUCACAAGACUCAUUCGCCAGGACUCGAAAUUUGAAAUAAAUCACAAAAACAUGUUGAACCACAUGAAUUUCGCUAGCCAAGGGUUGAAGAUUUGCGAAAAAUCGUUACAGGUGCUACACGAUUUGGGCAGUAGUUGGAUCAUCGGAGAGUUGAAAUUUAGAAGGGCUUACCAACUCCCGAGACAGCUUUUGAUUGAGAUUUAUCAAGGAUUACCUGAGUAUAAGGAGAAGAUGCAACAACAACGACUAAAGGAACAACAACAGCAACAACUAAAGGAACUGCAACUUAAAGAGCAACAACAAAAGGAGCAACAACGAAAAGAGCAAGGGGAAAAGGAGCAAGGGGAAAAGGAGCAUCAGCAGCACGAGGAUCAAGAAGAGCUGAAUGAGCAACAACAAAAUAAGCAUGGGCAGGUAUCAAAGGAGCAACUGCCUGGUGAAAACAACAACACAACUUUGCCGACCUCCAACGGGAAAGCUCCGAAUGCAGUGCUGAAAUUGAAAAAGUUGGAAUUUGGCGAUGGGGCAGGAAGACGGUCGAGAUCGUCGUCGAUAUCCAGCGUUAACAGCAACGGCAGCAACUCAUCUGCGGGGUUGAUGAGAAGAACAUCGCUCACGUCGCCAAGUAAACCAGGUACCACCGCUCAGGGGAGACUCUCGUCGCCAAGAGCACGCGCGAGCGCAAAUGUGGCUCUGGAUAAAACUGCCAACGGCACUGCGAAUGACACAAUUGGAUCGCCUUCAGGACCGAAAAGAGUCGCGUCUCCAACCCAAACAACAACUGCAAAUUCAUCACCAAGGCCAGCUGGAAGUGACGCCAAAGCCACUUCGGGAGCAGCUGCAGGAGCCGCUGCAGCAAUAUUUCGCAGUGGACACAGCAACAACCCCGCCAUGAAGUCACCUCUAAGAAAUUUGCAAAAUUCGCAAGAGUCAACGAGCUCAGGCACAGAGCAAUCAGGGUCAAGUUCAAAUUCAAAUUCAGAUCCAGGCGCAAGUCCGAGCCGAAUUACCAAGAAGAUAAUGGCCUUGGAGGAAGAGCAAGUUGAUGAUGUGCCGCCUUUAAACUCUAAACUUACAGCGGCGCAGAGGUUCCAACAGCACGUUAGAUCAGCUGCCAAGUCGGGCACAUUGGUAACGCAGCAACGCGAGACCCUUACUACUGUGACUUACGAUCCGAACAACACGUCAAAACUACAAAUUCGUCGAUACGUCGACCAGCCGACGAAUAGUCCCACGUCCUCGCCGCCUCCAGAACAAGAAUUUACUCAAACUCCGAAGAGAAGAACUAGAGAUCAAGUUACACGCCAGAAUACGCAACGCAAUAGCUAUAUCCCCGAUUUCCCCGAUGACGGGUCCACUUCUACCUCAACCACGGUGUCAACCGACGCAACUACUUCGACAAACAACACAACUAGUGAAGGUCAAAUCCAGCACGAGCAGGAUAGCACAUUACUGAAAUCAACAACACCUGAAGUCGAAGAUGCAAUCACAGUUUCAGACGUGAAAACCAGCGACGACAAUGAUGACUUCAAGGACGAGAACAACCACACGACAACGGUGAUUAUUAAAAAAGUCAGAUUUGUGGGAGUUCCUGAUUGGACCGAGGCAGAAGAUGCGCCGACAAAUUACGGCAACACCAUCUUGAAGAAUUUUGCAUAUUUCCGUAACCAGACCAGAACGAUGCGUGCUGCGAAUAACAACAAGAGCGAUCAAUUCUUGAAAGAGGAAAGCAUGACCUUGAGAGCUCAUCAACACGUUGACGAGGGGAACGGACAUGCUCCCGGAGAGGGACUCGCAGCAAGAAUCGCACCUAAACCCAAGUCGGGAUUAGCUAGAUUUAAAAGCAAGUUGAUCUAA